AUGGCCCGUUUUAUGGGCGUUCCGUUUUGCUGUGAACUGAUCUCACUAACUGAUGAAUUCUGGUCCAUCCGGGCGGAGGCUGCCGGCAGUGCGAGCCGUGCAAAGGAGGAAGCGCCGCCACAUCUUCAUGAAUUGGUAGCACCCUGCACCUCGCCCAGCAACCGAAUUUGCGAAGAUUGCGGUGUUGUCGAUAUGGAUGUUCCGGAUUUCAGUGCUGUCGAGGCCAAGCCGAGGAUUCAGUACAAGAAGACUUUUUCUUUGAAGCACGUUAUCGAUAGGGAUGCCCUCGACAACGAGGUCGAUGAUGAGCUGCUGGAAAUCAUUCCCGAACGUGUGCAAAAGCCAAAGCCGAAGGACGAAUUCGUCGAAUCUGAGGAUGACCUUAGUGACCAAUUGACGAUGAACUGUUUGAUUACGAUGUGCUCCCAAGAGGCUGUCAAGGACAUCGACUCCAGAGCG